GUGACUCGGCGUUACGGCCCGUUUGCAUGUAACAGACAGACUGGAGCGCAAUGCAAAUGUGAACGGCUCCUUUAAGACUCGCUCGCGUUACCGUGUUACACCGGUGACGUGUUCAACAGAUUCCGGGCGGCCGCGACGACGACGAUGAUGAUGAUGCGCGCGCGAGGCGGAACGGCGCACGAGCCCGCCGUGGAUUUAAAAGCUUCAACCAACCGAACCGAUCUUUAGAAAUUAGAGGCGCGUCACUUCACUUCACUUCACUUCACAUUCAGGAACCGGAGCUUGAGUUUUAAGAGAGGUUGCGCGGUCGUGGCGCGCGUGCACACGUCCCCCCGGGUUCCGCCCAGGAGACACAUCGAUGUCGCUUCCACGUCAGCGCGAGCUGGACGCCUCGGAUUGUCGCGCGCUCCCGCGCGCGACGUGCUGAAGCCACGCCCACUGCCACUGUUAAAUAAAGAUGGAGCAGCAAAUGGAUAUGGAGAUGAUGACCCCGCUGAUGGGGGAGGCUGGAGAAGAGAACUCGGACGACGAGAACGCCGGGGAGCAACAGUCACACGGCAUCACUUUCACUCAGACUUUACUCCAUCUGCUGAAGGGCAACAUCGGCACAGGGCUGCUGGGAUUGCCGCUGGCACUGAGGAAUGCUGGGAUACUGUUGGGCCCGGUGUGUUUGGUGCUGAUGGGAGUGGUCUGUGUUCACUGCAUGCACAUCCUGGUGAACUGCAGCCACCAGCUGAGCGAGCGGUCAAAGAAAUCACCUCUAAGCUAUAGUGAGACGGUAGCCGUUGCCAUGGAGACAAGCUCCUCCCACUGCCUGAGGAGAGGAUCCAAUUUCGGCAGACUGUUGGUGAACUUCUUCCUGGUUUCGACCCAGCUGGGCUUCUGUAGCGUGUACUUUGUCUUCCUGGCAGAAAACAUUAAACAGGUGGUAGAGGGACACAAUAUGAACUCCUCCUCCUCAUCAUCAUCAGAAGCAGUGUUUGGGUUUCACUCAAACAGCUCAGACGGAGACGGUAACCCUGUUGUUGUUACCUCGGCGACGGGGCUGGACCAGCGAGUGUACAUGCUCCUCCUCCUCCCCUUCCUCAUCCUCCUCACCUUCAUCAGGGAGCUGAGCAACAUGGCACCCCUGUGUGGUGCGGCCAACCUCGCCAUGGCCGCCAGCCUUGCGCUCAUCUUUGCCUACAUUCUCACUGAUAUUGGCGAUCCCAGGCAGCUUCCAUACGUCUCCACAUGGAAUAAGUUCCCCUUCUUCUUUGGAACUGCCAUUUUUGCCUUUGAAGGGAUUGGAGUGGUUCUUCCUGUAGAAAAUCAGAUGCGUGAGCCAAAGCGCUUUCCCUGCGCCCUUGAUGUCUCUAUGGGCAUCGUCAUUGUCCUCUACGUCACCUUGGCGACGCUUGGCUACCUCCGAUUCGGUGAUGACAUCAAAGGAAGCAUCACUCUCAACCUGCCACAUGACUCCUGGUCUAAUCUCCUGGUGAAGGUGCUCUACUCGUUCGGAGUGUUUGUGACGUUUGCUGUUCAGUUCUUCGUUGCCGCGGAGAUCGUAGUUCCCACAGUGUGUGAGCGUGUUACAGAGAGAUGGAGACGACACACUGACCUCGGUACACGAGCGUUACUGACCUGUGUUACCUGUGCGGCAGCUGUUCUCGUCCCCCGUUUGGAUCUGGUUAUCUCGUUCGUGGGCGCGGUGAGUAGCUCCGCCCUGGCGCUUAUUUUCCCGCCCCUAGUGGAGCUGAUCGCGUGCCCCGCCCGUCCAUCUGCGCUCGUUUACCUCAAGGACCUGUCUAUCGCCCUGAUCGGAUUCCUUGGCUUCAUCACCGGGACUUACGUCACGGUGGGGGAGAUCUUGUACCCGUCUCCAUGACGACGAGGACGCAGCCACGCCCGCUGCUCCAUACGGUGUUGAUGAACUGUGUUGCGUUUGUGGCACUACACGCUCUCACGCUGAUGGAGACAAAUGCACGGGUCGAGGCUUUUAAGCACUCGAUUACUUUAUCAUUCCAGCUGCACACACUUAUGCUGAGUGUGUGUGUGUGUGUGUGUGUUUGUAUGUGAGAGAGAGAGAUAUUCCUCCUUUUCCUCCUUAUGUUUAUAGGUUUAUACACUGUUCUGGACACUGUAAUAUUUAUAUCCUUUGAUUAAUCAAAUGUAUUAUUAAUAAAUUAAUCACUUUAACUUUCCAA